CACACGGACUCUGGCGAGGGAACACGUGUGCAUGCAACAUGCACACAUUCUGGCUCCGCCUACGAGAUCCGCCGGGUGGUACCUCCGCGUUCCACAGUCAGAGACCGUCUACCACCUACGGACAAUCACAAUCCGACUGAUCAGGAGACCGAAGAGUCUUCUACUGCUGCCACCGCUGCUGCCUGUGUAAUUUUUCGAUAUAGUAAAUUAAUAUAUUACCCCGGUAAUUCUCCAC